AUGGAGAAGCCAAGUGAAAAUGAUUGUAGUCAAGCUGAAGAAGAUGGAGAGGAUCUGCAUAGCUUAGUUGUAAGUCAUACAGACAACAGGAAUGAAGUUGUGGAAGUCUCGCCAAAAGGACGCUUUUUUAGGGUAUAAUCUAUUUAGUUCAAUGACGAACUCGGCUCUGGAGCUUUUAAAGUGGUUUAUCGAGGUCUAGAUAAUGACAAUGGGUGUGAAGUUGCCUGAAAUACCAUCAGCUUAAAAAAUCUCCCUGAAAGCGACCGAGUUCAUAUUGCCGAAGAAGUCAAGCUGAAUCGAAGGUUAAAUCAUCCGAACAUAGUCCACUUUAUCGCUGCCUGGACAAAUCCAAACAAAGAAGAACUUGUCUUAAUAACUGAAUUGAUCACUGGAGGCUCUCUGAAGCAGUACCUCAAAAAAAUCCGCCACCCAAGACUUAAAGUUAUCAAGCAUUGAUGCAAGGGAAUUUUGCAAGGCCUGCAAUACCUUCAUUCUCAGAAAAUAAUUCAUCGAGAUCUGAAGUGUGACAACAUCUUUAUUAUGUCGAACACUGGGGAUGUAAAAAUUGGCGAUUUUGGUCUAUCGACAAUUAUGAGGAAUCAGCUGCAGACUUCAGUUCUAGGAACACCAGAAUAUAUGGCUCCAGAAAUCUACGAAGGAAGCUAUGAUACCAAAGUAGACGUCUUCUCGUUUGGCAUGUGCGUGCUGGAAAUGUGCACCUUAUCGCCUCCUUAUAGAGAGUGCCAGUCACAAGCGGCAAUAUACAAAAAGGUUCUGAACCGGCUACUCCCUGACUCAAUACAGACAAUCCAAAAUGAAGAAGUUAGGAACUUUAUUUGUUUAUGCUUAGAAUUAGUAGAGACUAGGCCAACAGUAGAUGAACUUCUGAAGCAUGAGUUCUUGGUAAUGGACGAAAAAGACCCCAACAACCACCAGCCUGUUCCUUUAAUCAGCUUAAGUGAUGUGAGUCCAAAUUCUUUGUCUAUGGUUUCGUCUCCCAAAUCAGCGGAAAACGCUCAAAUAGAGAGCUCUUUAAUUAUAAAAGAUAAUCUUGGGAUCCUCAGGCAAGUCAGCUUCACUUUUGAUUUUGCCUCUGACACUCCUGAAAAAGUGGCAGAAGAAAUGGUGCAGGAACUUGAUUUAGAUCCUGCUCUCGUGAUCCCAAUAGCUAAUGAAAUAGAAAUGCUCGUUUUCUCUAGCAAGUCCUACAAGCAGAUAAGUGUUACUAGCGACCCUCGCACAGAAGAUUUAAUUGAUAUAGCGCCAGUGCCAGAGCAAAACCCAGAAAUGCAAAUAAAAGUCCCCACGAACUUCUUCAGCGACCAUUGUGCCUAUUCAUCAAAAACUCUUAACCGCUCCAAUUCUACAAUAAGUGAGUCAAAGAUGGUCGAGCUGAAUAUUGAAGAUCUUGUGAUUAGCGAAGAACCAGGCUUGGAAUAUUAUAAGCGAGACCCCUCUCAAGAGAAUGAGAAUGGAGAAGACGAGUUCAGUGAGGCUGACAUUGUUUCACUGAGACGAGGUUCGCCUCAAAAUAACAGAAAAGUUGUAAAACAGCUGCAGAGGGCGUUGGGAGAAGUCCUCAAGACACAUGUGAAGGUGGAUGGGUUUUUUGGGAAAAAAGUUGAAUCGUUGAUUAAGGAGUUCCAAGAAGCUCAUGGAAUCGCACCUGAUGGCUUGAUCUCAUCAGAUUUAUGGAGCUGCUUGAUGAGCGAGUUCACGAGGUGCAAAGAGGGGUCUCUUGGGGAUAUUAUUAUUCCAACAGAAUAA